ACUUAUACUACUCUUCCUAGUACAAGAAUAAACUUCCUCCAAAGAAAAAGGCUUUCCAACUAAAUUCUUCAGAAUCAAUCCUCACUUGAUUUAUAUUACUCACCUCGUUCGAUUUCUCAUUUCUCCAUUUUCCAUUUUACCUUUUACAUUUCACACUUUCCAUUCUCCAUCCUCCAUUCUCCAUCCUCCAUUCCUCCAUUCUCCACAUUCACUCGUUUCUCUUAUCACCUACAAACCUAAACACCAAAAUCAACCCUUUUUCUUUCCAAUCGAUAACCUGCUGCUGUAUCCUAUUGAUCACUUGGGAGUCGGAAAUCCUGAGAAACCCUACAAGAUCAAUUGCAGUUCACUUCAAUUCAUCAAUCGAAACGUCAAUUGUGGAGAAUCUCUACUACAACCCAAUCUUACCUACCACAAUAACUACCAACCUACCACCAACCACACUUUCGCAAACAACCUUUCAGUAUUCUGGACGUAUUCGAGUUUAUGAUUGAUAUCAUACUUAUUAUACAACUUUUGAGACAGCGGAAUAGGAAGUCGGCAAUAGUAGAAACGGUGAAAAAGUCAAACGAAGAGGAGGUUAUCUUUCUCAACCACAGGUCGUUCUGACCUUAAACCACAUACUCCGCCACCAAUCAACCCAACUCUUCCACCGGAAGGUAUUAUCGCAAAAAUGGCGAUAGUCCUCAAUUCGGAAGAAAACUCCUACUUUUCGUCAAGUCCGCUUCGUCGAUCACACUCACAGCCCAAAUUCGUCACACAACCGUCGUCAUAUUCACAAUCUCUAUCUCGAUCAAAUAGCGUAAAAUUCAACCCGAUAAUAUCCCCCAGUAAUUCCUCGGCGUCUUCGGCGCCAUCGUCUCCCCAAACCCUUCAUGCCGAUUCUGUCGCUCCCUCAUACUCGUCAACGCCAGCUAGCAGCUUGUCACUCGAUCAUAGCGACGAUGCAGACGAUGAAGAUCGAAUUUACUUUCCCACAUAUGACGACAUAGGAUAUUGCGAUCAAAUUGAAGAUUUAGAGCCACCAACCUGUCCACAUACCGGCGAUUCCUAUGCUGUCUCACCCAUCUCAAACGGUACCUCUAUAAUCUCUCGACCUGGAUCCCCAGAAGUACCACACGCACAUGCCGAGGAUGACACAGCACUACAGGCGAAACCUUCGCGGCACGUUGAUUAUUUAUCACACAAUUGGAAAGAAGAGGAUAUAUGGGCAUCAUGGAAACUCAUUGUAUCAAAGGGGGGCGAAUACUCUAAUCAUGAACGACUAGAAAAUGCUUCGUGGAGAACUUGGAUGAAGGCAAAAUAUAGACUCAAGACCGUUUCACCCGAAACACUUAAUUGGUUGAAGGAUUGUGAUGUGACCUGGCUAUAUGGUCCACUUCAAGCUGGACCAACCACAUUCAACGCCCCAGAUACUUCUCCUAUCAGCAGCAGCAGGCUAUCGAAAUCAAAUUCCUUUUUGCAAAAGAAGCCAAUUCUCAAGAAACGAAGCAUGUCUGAAAUAAUGCUUCAAAGGUCAUUGUCAUCAUCUUCAUUGCUCAAACAAGCUGCUGCUGCGGUCCAAGCACAGCAAUCUGGGGAUGGACGCCCUGGCAUAAUUAGGGCUGCAUCUGACUACGUUCCCUAUGAAUUUGCAAGUAGACAAUCUGAGCAAGCUGAUUUGAGUAUGCUUUCAUCGGUUACCUCGUCAGGACUAAUCACCCCCGGUACUGAAAAGAAACACAUUAGUUUCAAUGAACAAGUAUCGCAAUGUAUAGCUUUGGAAGUCAAGGGCGAUGAUGAUGACGAACUGGACUACAGUACUCAAGACUUUGACGAUAGUGACUCCGAUGAUGGAGCUAUCAUGAUGAAGAGAAGCACUUCUAAACGACAACUCCCACCAAUGAGAAAGAGGAUAAUUUCCAGAGUCAACUCUAUGACUGAUAGCAAAACCAUUGCAAUGUUACCAUCCACAACACUCAAGUACCGAGCAGAUACCCCCGAGCCACAGGAAACAGCCAUGAAGCACAGUGGGUCUUUUCACGGAGGAAAGUUGUCACCGUCACCCUCUCAAGACACAUUGAAGCCUUCAAAACCAUCAACAAGAAUGCUUCUAGGCGAUGAUGAAGACGAUGAUGAUAUCGAUUGGCAACCACCCAAUGCGUUUGCUCAUAGAAAAGAUAGCGUAUCCAUUGCGCAAGAUCGAUUCCACAGUCUCAGCACCUCGGACUCUGUUGGUAACGAGGAGCCAUCUGGUAUGAGGAGAACGCCAUCCGGCAUGUUUAUGCCCUAUGAAGAAGAUGAAGAUGAUGCUGUAUCUGAAGGACUUUUUGGAAAAGUUGUCGACACUGUAAAUACAGCAAAGGACAUCGCACAUGUCAUCUGGAAUGUCGGAUGGAGGCGCUAAUUUUCAGGUUUGGACAACGGCUCUCGAAAGCCUCACUGGCAUUCCAAGGGUCAACUCAUGCACACGAUACAAUUAUUGAUCGAAAUAUAAUGUCGACGUAUAUACGGCGACUUUUGUACAUAAUACUAAAGCACAUAUUAGAUGCUGCAUUUACACACCGGGUUCAGGAACCACAAUUGGGAUUGGUCGGCGUUUUGGCUUGGGAACGGGGUUUUCUCUUAAUGGGUUCAGGGCUUGAGGAUGAUAGCCAAAAUUGUACUCUGGCAAUGGGUUACAUAUAAAGGGUUCGGGCAAAUUCGUUACGAUUGGGGGUUGGGCUUUCACUGGGUAUAGGAGAGACUGGUUUAUCUUUUGGUUGAGGAGGAAAAAAUUGGGUUUACACUGUACGAUGGGGACCAUGGGUGGUGCACAAGCACACUAUACAAAUGCACACCUCACUGCAUUUUCGCAAUCAUGCGAAUUGGCGCACGCCAUACCUAGGGAAGAAAGGGAGAGGAGAAAUAAAUUGGCGACCUAUUGAGCAUAUACACCAAUACAGUAGUCAACAAAAAUGAACAAUAUACAAAGCAAAUAAUCUCUAGA